AUGACAUACCCCUCGGUUGAGCAGCCUUCCCUCGCCCAGCCGCAGCCCGUCAACUGGCCAUCCGCCGACAUCGCCUCACCCACCACUGCACCGGCAUACGAUGUGCCCCAGACGAUGCCGGUUGUUAUCGGCAAGCCAAUGGCGACGGCAGACACAGCCGGAAGGCCCGAGGGCGGUGAUCAGCCGCAGUAUGUGCAGCCAUAGACGGUGCAGCCGCAGUUGGGUGGUGCUCAUGUGAUCAACGUGCCGGAGCCGGUAGUGUACAAUCCGGGACACGAAGAUGAGAAGUCAGGCCGGCUCACCUGCUUGAAGGUGAGAUAGAUCGAUGUGGGCAGGGAGGCAGAAGCGGCCAGCCAUACAUUCUUCCCCCUGUGUGUUGUGUUGUGUUGUCCGUUCAUCAUUCCAGGUGUCCUGUGUGUUGUCGGUGCUAGUCUUCCCCAUCAUCGGCUGCAUCGCCUUCUGCCUCACCAUGGACGCCAAGAAGGGGUCGCAGCGGCGCAAGUGGGCCCGCAUCUGCCUCGCCACGGGCACGAUCAUGACGAUCUUGUUCGUCACCUGGUUGGUCAUGGUCAUACGCUCCGGGGAUUCCUCUUAUUCUUACUCUUACUCCUAUUCUUUUUGA